UCCAACAUGGACAGUCAAUCAUUGGGAAGUAAUGCAUGUACAAUUAUUGCUGUGUUAGUUGCUAUUAACUUCCUUUCUGAUACUGCAUGGUUUUCACAACACCACCUCCUCUCAACAUUGGAUUCCAGUUUCCUUGCCUACAACUACCAACUGUUCACUGAGGGAAACCAGAUGUACGAGAGCCUUGAUGAGGAACAAAUUAAUUAUUGUGCACCUGAAAUUCUUGAGCAUCCAGAACUUGGCUUGAUAGACAAUGCUGAAAGAGGAGAAGAAUAUCAGUUCAACAAUUUUGCAGACUUUUUGUUAGAAUUACAAAUGUUAUCUACAAAAAGAAUUAAAUUAGCUUUUGUACUUAUUUUUCAUCCUGAUAAAUCAAUGUCACUAUUAAUUAAUGAACUUGGUGAAAGUAGGUUAAUAGAUAGUCACUCACAUUUAGAUAGUGGUGCUAUUAUUGCUACCGCUUCAGAAAAUAAACUACACUGUAUGGUCAAUUAUAUUCAAGAAAUGAUUCUUAGAGACUGGGGGAAUACAGUUCAGCCACCAUUUGACGUGACUACUGUAAAACUUAAGGCAUGCUAG